CCACUCGACGUUGGACCGUUGUCUUCUUCUCUUGAACUUGAACCCCCAGUUUUCUCUUCUCACCUCAACUUACACUUCCUCAAUGGCUUCUCUAACUUUAUCCUUGACGACGUCCUUCAACUUUUGCUUCACUCCGUCGUCUACAUCUCCGGCUCGACUCUCUCCUUGCUGGGUCCAAUUCCCCCAAUUCAACAAGGUUAGCAGGGCCUUGAGACUCGGUUCCAGUCACUGCAUUUCUGGGUUUCACUUGCUUCUUCCCCACAAGCUCUGCACCAUUGCCCCCAUCCCUCGUAGACUCCAAUCUCUCACUAUUUCCGCUGCUAAAGGAUACAAAAUGAAAACCCACAAGGCAUCAGCAAAGCGAUUCAGGGUAACUGGAAAGGGAAAGAUAAUGAGGAGGAGAGCUGGGAAGCAGCAUUUGUUGGCUAAGAAGAACACCAAGAGAAAGUUACGCCUCUCGAAAACGCACCCAGUUAGCCGGAGUGACUAUGACAAUGUGAUUGGAGCCUUGCCGUAUCUCAAAGUAAAUAGAAAUGCAACGUAAGUGAUCUUGGUGAAUUAUGGAUAGACGAUUUUACUUUGUAUGCUAAUGAUUUCUUACAUUUAUGUUAGAAAAGUGUAUUACUUGUUGUGUUCUCCUGAUGUAACUAGGGGGAGUUGAUUUUUCUGAGUUGAAAUUUCUAUCUCCAAACUUCCCUUUGCUCGGUAUCAACUAUUUCAUUAUCCCAUUACUAACAACUUGAGUCUAUGGAUCAGUGAGUGGCUGUUUUUUUUUUCUGUUAACAAUAAUAAUAUUCAUCAAAU